AGGGUUUUUUUUUUCUUUUUUACAUUUAGAAUAUCAAUAUGUUCUAAAUAAUAAAAUAGAGAAAAAAAAAGAAGAAGAAGACAUGCUCUGCAACGACUGAUUUUUGAGCUCUUUCGUCGGCCUCUUCUUCUGCCGCUAUUUCCUUCACCCUUCUCUUAUUUCUUCUUCUCUGUUCAUUCAUAUCGACAAAAUUGAAGCUUUGAUUACAAUAUAUAUUCAUUCCUAACAACAACCACAAUUCUGUUUCUCUUUUGGUUGUUUUGAUUUCACAACAAACAGAAUUCUGUUCUCUACAACACAUUUCUCUGUGGUGGCCUCUUCCAUAUCUCAAUGCUCUGAUCUUCGAGGCUUUUUUGGGUUUGUGUAUUCUUCUUCACCUUCAUCUUCACCUGCUUUGGAUUUUUCAAUCCUUUGUUUUUCUGUUUUUCAAAUGACCACUAAUUUCUUGGAAAUGCAAGAACCCAGCAUUGAUACGGAUAAGCUCAGCUACGAGAUAUUUUCUAUUCUCGAGACUAAAUUCUUGUUUGGGUAUGAUGAUCAGAAGCUUUGGAUACCCAAACAGAUCUCUCCCCUUAUUGAUUCCAUCCCUCAACUUCAUCCCCGCCCAGAGCUUCAACCCGAAUCCAUCAAUGCUGUUUCAGCUAUUAAGAAUCAGAGGGGUAAAAUCUGCAUUCUCAGCAUUGAUAGCGGCGGCAUGCGGGGGAUUCUUUCCGGUAAAGCUUUGUCCUAUCUUGAACAAGCUCUCAAGACCAAAUCCGGCAAUCCAGACGCUAGAAUCGCUGAUUAUUUCGACGUUGCUGCCGGAGCCGGUAUUGGAGGUAUUUUCACGGCCAUGCUUUUUGCAACCAAGGACCAGACCCGUCCAAUCUAUAAUGCCGACGACACGUGGCGCUUCCUCGCUGAACAAGGGAAACGAUUCUACCGUUCUUCGUCUUCAACCUCUGGAAACGCCUUUUUCCGGCGCCUUCGUAAACCUCGCGGCUCAUCCUCCGCCGCCACCGCUACCGCCGGUUUGGAGAAGGCGAUGAAAGAGGCGUUUGUAGAGAAUGGGAGAACCUUAACGCUUAAGGACACUCUGAAACCGGUUCUAAUCCCUUGCUACGAUCUUUCCAGUACGGCGCCGUUUCUGUUCUCUCGAGCCGACGCUCUCGAGACGGAGAGUUUCAAUUUCCGGCUAUGGGAGGUUUGUCGAGCCACAUCGGCGGAACCGGGGGUGUUCGAACCGGUUCCAAUGCAGUCCAUCGACCGCCAAACGCAAUGCCUGGCCGUGGACGGUGGAUUGGCCAUGAGCAACCCAACGGCGGCGGCGAUCACGCACGUGCUGCACAACAAGCAAGAGUUCCCGUUCGUGCGAGGAGUUGAGGAUCUUUUGGUUCUGUCUCUAGGGACUGGUCAACUGUUUGAGGGGAAUUACGAUUACAAUGAAGUGAAGGGGUGGAAGGCGAAGGAGUGGGUUCGGCCCAUAGCUCGAAUCUCCGGCGAGGGUGGGGCCGACAUGGUGGACCAGGCGGUGGCCAUGGCUUUUGGGCAGUGUAAGAGCAGUAAUUACGUGCGAAUUCAGGCAAAUGGAUCCAGUAGUGUUCGAUGCGGUCCUAAUGUGGAAACAGAUCCAAGUUCCAGCAAUGUAAAUAUGCUGGUUGGAUUAGCAGAAGAGAUGCUGAAACAGAAAAAUGUUGAAUCUGUUCUAUUUGGAGGGAAGAGGAUCGGUGAGCAGACAAAUUUUGAGAAACUUGAUUGGAUUGCUGCAGAGUUGGUUUUAGAGCAUCAAAGGAGGAGUUGCAGAAUAGCUCCUACUGUUGCUUUCAAGCAAGUCUUACCCUCAAACCCAUAGGAAAAAAAAAACUCAAGAGAUAGAAGAAAAGGGAAAAUUACCACAUCUUAGAGAGAGAGAGGGGGAGGAAAAAAAAGAAAAAGAGAAGAAGGUUUGAUUAUUAAUAUUAAUCUGAAUAUGUAUUGUAUGUGGAGAAGGUAAAAAAGAGGGGAUGGGGAGUUUGAAGGAAAAGGACAAGACAAAAUGGUCAGAAAAAGAGUGAAAAAUCUUAGUGGGAUACUUUGCCUGCUUAACCCAAGGCAUUGUGGUGUCCAAUCCAUUCUUUGUUUCACAAUGCACCAAACCCUUCUAAAACAAACUCACAUUCACAUCUCACCUCAACCCUUUUGCUAAGUCAAACCAAAAUAUUUCAGGUCUCAAAUUCAUUCUCUUUCCUCAAAUUUCCCUGUCCUGUCUUCAUCUUCUUCAAAAAAGAAAAAAAGAGACCCAGAAAAUGGUAGCCAAAUUUGCUUUGCUUUUAGAUUUUUCCUUUUCAAUCUCUUUCGCUAUUAUUUAUUUCAGUGACCGACAGUUUUCUCAAGAUGGUGUGUUUGGAUUAAUACCUCAAAAUAAAAAAAAAUGGGAACUUUAUAAAUAUAUGACUUAUGGGACGGGACGAGACGAAACGGGACCCCAUUCGUUAAUGAGACACAAAAUCAUCUCUCUCUCUCUCUAUUUCAUUCUUUUCCCUUUCUAAAAGUGUAUAUGUUUGUAAUUAGUAAAUGGUUCCUAGAGAAUUGGUGUCGCCAUGGUUUCACGGGACAUUAUUGAACACCAUUGAUAUCAGACAAUGGUUUAUUUAAGACAAUUCAUCAUUAUGUUAAUUCAAUUGUGUUGAAUGCUUAGUUGAUUGAUGUGUUUGGACA